GUGUCGUCACAUACAACAGCAGAGGCCAGCAAAAUGGGUGUCAUCCGUAUAGCGCUGUCGUUCUUGAUCCUCCCUCUCAUCUCAAGCGGCGUUGCAGCAAGCCUGCCUACCGUCGACUUAGGCAACAUUCGAUAUGCCGCACCGCCGGUCGGAGAUCUACGCUUUCGGGCCCCGGAGCCCCCAGAGUCGAAUCGCUCGACCGUGCAGACGGGCGCAGAAGGCCGUGUAUGUCCCCAGGCUCGGCCAAUAUGGUCGACCAAGAUCCAAACGCCGUUCCUCCAGAGCCUCCUGUCCGGCCAGCCGUUCAACCAAUCCACCAAUAUCUCGUCGUACCCGUACACACCGGCCCCUCUCGACCCCCGAACGACGGAGGAUUGCCUCUUUCUGGAUGUCGUAGUUCCCAAACGGGUUUUUGACCGUGGGGCUGGCUCCGCCCCAGUCAUUGUGUACUUUACUGGCGGGGGUUGGAGCUCCGGCGACAAAACCGAUUACAAUCCAACCGGCCUCAUUGAGCGUGGUGAAGGUCGCGAAGGAGAUGGGUUCGUCUAUGUAGCCCUGAACCACCGCCUCGGCGCCUUCGGUUUCCUAGGAGGCGAAAACCUCGAGAAGGACGGCACUGCCAACGCAGCCCUCCAUGACCAGCGCAUGGCGUUGAGAUGGGUCCGCGAGCAUGUCGCCCAAUUCGGCGGCGACCCAGCUCGUACCACGAUCAUGGGCGAAUCCUCAGCGGGCAACUCCAUCAUCCACCAGAUCACUGCCUACGGUGGCAAGCAAGGGCCUCCCGACUUCCAACGAGCCAUCGUCCAGAGCCCCGCAUGGUAUCCCGAACCGUCUCUCACCCAGAACGCAACGCUGCAGCAAUUCCUGGACAACCUCAACGUCAGCACCGUCGCCGAAGCCCGCCGACUUCCAUCCCAGAAGCUCAUCGCCGCCAACGCCUACCAAAUCGCGACCAUGCCUCUCUACGGCGGCUACCCUUUCGCUCCAGUCGUCGACGGCUCCUUCGUCCCAGCCGCGCCAGCAACCCUGUUCGACCGCGGCGACUUCGCCCACAACCUCACCAUCUUCUCGACGACCAACGCCCAAGACGGACUCCUCUUCACCAACCCCAUCGGCGCAACCGACGCCGGCUUCACACCCGCCCUCCACCAAGUGAUACCCCCCCUUCCACCCUCCGUCCUGCAAUACGCCGCCAACACCCUCUAUCCACCCAUCUACAACGGCUCCCACGGCUACACUACCCCGUUCCAACGCACAUCCGUCGCACUCGACGACAUGUUCAUGCAGUGCCAGAACAAGCACCUCACCCAAACCUUCCGCAACAGCUCCUACGCUUACGUCUUUAGCGCACCCCCCGCCCUCCAUGGUCAAGACCUCGACUACAUUUUCUACAACCCCCAACAUCCCCAGACGCGGCUUCCGGGCCUGCCGCUGAACACGACGACAGCGCAGGCAUUGCAGGAUUAUAUUUUGAGUUUCGUGGCGUCGGGCACGCCGCGCUCGAACUUGGGCCCUGCCAUCCCGCGGUAUGGCGCUGCGGAGCGUGUGUUGGAUGUUGGGGGGCAUAAUUUGACGGUCGUGAGGGAUCCAAUUGAUGAGCGGCGGUGUCGGUAUUGGUUGGAGCAGCCUGUUUUUUCGGGGGUGGGUUCGUAGUUUGGUUCUGGGUGUCUAUUCUUGGUAU